UAUGUUGGAGACAAACCGAGGUUUCAAAACGAAAGAGAGCUUACAAAUUUUAUCAAAAAGAAGAUAUUUAAGAUAUAAGAAAUGGUCACAAUUGGAAGCGAACAUUGAUAAUGAACCAUCAGAUUAUACAGAUACUGAAGAAUUUCAACCAUCAGUGAGGAAAGAUGAUAAAAUAAUGACUGAGGAUAUGGAUUAUAACGAACCAAUCUGCGAAAUCAACGAAGAAGACGAUGAUUCUUAUUCGGAAUAUGAAGAAAACUUUAAUACGCCUGAAGACAAUGAGUCUAUCGAUAAAAAUGAUUUGGAUGAAAGAUGUCUAACGGAAGAAACAGACGGCAAUAUUGUAGUUUUGGACGAUUCUGAUUUAAGCGAUAUGGAGAAUCCUGGUAAAAAGUGGUUAACUGUUAGAAAAACAUUACCAUUCAAUAUGAAAGAAGAUAUUCAAUUGACAUUGUAUGAAGCCUUUUUUCUUUCCUACGCCCUGGGAGUUUUAGUGAUAAAAAGUGAAAAAGAAGAGGAAUAUUCAAUAAUCGAAUUAUGGAAAAAAUUUUGUUCAAUUGAAGAAGAUUUUAUUCAACUAUAUUCUGCUUAUCACUAUUUUAGAGGAAAGGGUUGGAUUGUUAAAUCAGGCAUAAAAUAUGGAGCCCAUUUUUUGUUAUAUAAAGAUGGUCCAACAUAUUUUCAUGCAAGUUUUGCCGUUCAAAUUUUUAAAAGCGAUGAGAAAUUGAGUUGGUUAGGUUUAAGUGCUUUAAAUAGAAUUCAAGAACAAGUUGGAAAGGAAGUUUUAAUAUGUUAUGUUACUGCGCCAUCCGAUAUUUCUAAUCCUAAUUGUUUACAAAAUGUUAAGAUAAAGGAAAUAUUGUUAAAACGAUGGACGGCAUCAAUAGAAGAAGAUGAACACGCCCAGGCUGCUACCUACCAACCUACAGCACAAGCUUAUAUUCAAACAGCACAAACUGCCUAUGCUGCAGCAGCGAGACCAGCAACGGCAACUUAUGAAUAUCAAGGAACCCAGAACGCUUAUGCGUACCGUCCAGCCGUGACAGCCGCCGCAACCUAUGAUAGUAAAGCCUAUUACCAAGCCGCCGCCGUUGCAGCACCCGCUGUAGCCACAUCAUACUCAGUCGCUGAAUAUCCCUCUGCCGUGGCUGCUGCUGCACAAAAUACAGCUAAAACUCAACCGACACCGGCGGCAGUCUCUACUUACACCUAUUCAGCUGCCUCCACAAACACAAAUGCUGGAGCAGCAACUACAACAUCAGCAUCAAAUACUGGCUACUCAGGCUACGACGCCGCCUUGUAUUCAGCUGCCACAAAUUAUUAUCAACAACAACAGCAGCAAACAAAGAAAACGGCAACUAACUGGCAUCAGUAUAAAAAAACAUCAGCAGGCGGACCAGCGUCAAAUGUUGCAAUUAAGAAGAAACCAGGUGGGCCACCUAAAAAUCAACAAAUGCAAUACUGUGAGGUUUGCAAGAUUAGCUGCGCAGGACCACAAACAUUUAAAGAACACUUGGAAGGACAGAAACACAAAAAGAAAGCUCAACAAAUGUCUGCCUCAUCAACAGCAGCGGCAGCAAAACCCACAAGAGGAGGUUCAAAUCAACUUCACUGUGAAUUAUGCGAUGUUACGUGCACAGGAAGUGACGCCUACGCUGCUCACAUCAGAGGAGCUAAACAUCAAAAAGUAAUGAAAUUACAUGCUAGAUUAGGAAAGCCAAUUCCAUCUGAAACACCAAAGAUAUUAGGUGGUCAAAUGGAGCAAGCCCAGCCAAUACCAACUAAGGUUGGAUCAAGUAGUAGCACGACAGGCGUAGUGAAAAAAGUUCUUUCUGCUCCUAAAAUUUCCUUUGUCGGAGGAACAACUUUAAAAACAACAGGAAAUAAAGCCGAAGAAGUCAAAGCAGCUGGCCAAGGACAGGGUCAACAAAGAACAGAAAUGGCCCAAGCACAAGCCGUCUGUGAUUUGGUGGACGAAAUUAAGUUAGCUAGCGACGUUCAGCCCGUUGGCCAUGAAUAUAUUGAAGAAGUACAAAACAUGGGAAAAGUUGUUUCAUUUCAGUGUAAACUAUGCGAUUGUAAAUUUAAUGAUCCAAAUGCGAAGGAAAUGCAUUUGAAAGGAAGAAGACAUAGGCUCCAAUAUAAAAAGAAGGUUGAUCCGUCUUUAAAGGUAGAGGUGAAACCUUCAAUAAAAGCUAGAAAAGUGCAAGAAGAGAGAGUUAGAAGAGCAACUGCUAAAGAAGAAUACUGGAGAAGGAAGGAACAAGAACAGCGCUGGAGAGAACAAAUGCGAAUGGAAGAAGAAAGGUACUGGGACGAUUGGCAAAUGAGGUCUAUGGGCUCUGGUCCUGGUGGAAGACGUCCAGAAACGUCUGACGAUCGUCACGUAAUGGCGAAACACAAUAGCAUUUAUCCAACAGAGCAAGAACUACAUGACGUCCAAUCCAUAGUUUCCUCUUGUGAAAGAGGAUUAAAACUUGUAUCUGAUUAUCUCGCUGAAAACUGCCCUAAAAAAGAAGAAGAAUCAAUUGAAAAUAAAGAUGAGAAUACAAAUCAAAGGCUUCUAAAAGGAGUUAUGAGAGUAGGAGUUUUGGCUAAAGGAUUACUCUUACAAGGAGAUGUAGACGUAGAGUUAGUCGUUCUUUGUUCAGAAAAGCCAACAAACUCACUUUUGGACAAAGUCGCCGAUAAUUUAUUGAAGCAACUACCAACAGUCAGUGAAGAGCAUUAUGAAGUUCGUCGAGUCGUCGAGGAAGCCGCCCUUAUCGUUAAAGCUACAGGAAAGGAUAAGUCUCCUGUUUGUACGGUCACGUUUACGGCGCCUUGCAUAAGAGAAGAAAAUGAAGGUUUGCAAAUUCAGAUCUUUUAUAUCGGAAAUUACAUAAUCUUUCAGCAAGUAAAAAAAAUCUUAUCAAAAUUUAAAACUGUUUUAUUUAAAACUUUAAUUCCCAAAACUGAACAAGGCCAGGGUAUUGAGGAAUUUUGCAUAAAGCUGGGCAAACGAAAUGGAGGCUUUUUGACCAUAUGCAAAUUAUUUUAUUUUUUUAUUUUUUUAUUGUAUUUUGGUCAAACACCCUACGAAUUCGAAUUGUCUGUUGUAGAGAGUGUGUCCAAGGCCGAUCCUCCUGACGUGCUCAACAGGCAAAAAUGCCUCGACGCUCUUGCUGCACUUCGCCAUACUAAAUGGUUUCAGGCAAAGGCGGCUGGAAUGCAGACGUGUGUGAUUCUAAUAAGAGUGUUGAGGGAUUUGUGCCAGCGAGUUCCGACGUGGAUGCCUCUAAACCAAUGGGCAAUGGAACUUUUAGUGGAAAAGUGCAUAGCUACUGGAGGACCACACAUAAGCGUGGGAGAUGGACUUCGAAGAGUAUUUGAAUGUAUUGCAUCAGGAGUACUUUUGCCAAAAGGUCCUGGAUUGUAUGAUCCCUGCGAAAAGGAACCCAGUGACGCUGCCGAAAAACUAAGUCCGCAAGAAAGGGAAGACAUAACAGCAAGUGCCCAACAUGCCUUACGCCUAAUAGCCUUCAAGCAAAUUCAUAAAGUAUUAGGUAUGGAGCAGUUAGUUGUUAAGCGACCUUCUACCACCACUAAUCCAAGAAAAAGGCGCCUAACCGCAAGUAAUAGUGAAUUAGAAGAAGGCGGUACGGAGAAGAAGGAUAAGAAAGACGAUGAAGAAAAUGCGACUGAUGAAUAA